GAUUUUCCUUAAGGAAGUUUUUAAGUGAUAAAAUGUAACACAAAAUGAAUCCAUUGAAAUGUGUAAUUGUGACCAUUUUGUAUUGUUUUGGAGUGAUUUGCAAAGGUCAGGGAGGUUUUGUUUCACAACAUGAAACGAAAUGGAACGAGUCUAGAUGCACCUUGGCAGUACCAAGUGUAACCUGCAAGGAUGAUGGCUCAUGCAUUGUUGAAAAUGGUUUGGAUUUUUUUACAAAAGCAGACGGUCAAGACAAUGGAUUUUGGAUUGGAUAUGCCAAAACAUGGAUUAGUUAUGCUUAUGUUGGAUGUGGCCAAUUGAACGAUGGAACCAAUUAUUUUGUUUCAACUCUGAGCGAAUGCAGACGUACAACAGGAUGUCAUAAGUUCGGUAUACAAAAAUCAAAAGUGGGCUUGCGAUGUAAAUGUGCCCGUAAAGUCCCUAAGCAGAAAAAAUCUUGCGGAGAAAAAUGUGACACAGUCGACACCAAUAUAUUCUCAUUUUACACUGUAGAAAAUGUUCCUCCUAGCAAUAAUUCACAAGACAUUCACAACAACUGCCUUCAGUUCUCCUUUAAGUACAGACCUGGAAAUGACUACCAUUGGGAGUCAUGCACUUUAGAUACCUACCCAAAGCUUUUAUGCAGCAACAAAAAUUAUUUUGAUCGUAAACCGAAGGCGAAAAUACAGACUCAAAGUUAUGGGAAUUGGGCUCAGGCUGUUGAAAACUGCAUCGUUGGAGGAAAAUUCCCUGCAUCGAUACAAAGUAUAAGAAAUGCGAAUUUUACAGACCCGGAAGACCAGAACCACUGGACAGGAAUAACUAAAAAAGAGUCCAUCAUAUCCUUAAACGAUAUGCUUGAAAAUAGCACCAAUCAACCUUUGACGUAUGCAUAUGUGGAGAAAAUCAACCAGAUUUUUUACGUCAAUUUUACGGAGGCAAAAGAAUUGAAAACAAGCUUGUGCGCAGGAGAUGGCCCAUCGACAGAACCCACGAUAACGACCCGAGAGACACAAUCAUCUUAUUCGGAAUCAACCACGACACCAGCCAAUAGUACAACAGAUGGCACAUCGGCAGAACCCACGAUAACGACACGAGAGACACAAUCAUCUUAUUCGGAAUCAACCACGACACCAGUCAGAGGAACAACAGGUCCUACAUCACACGUGGCGUCAACCAAUAAUGUCAUAACAACAGAUACACCUCCGACGAAAGCUCCAGCACUGGGUUCAUCUACUACGACAAUAUUGCAUCCGACACCUGAAGGAACAGCAGCGUCCUUAGACAAGGACAAAGGGGGAUCAUCGGCAGGUCUCGCUGCUGGUGUGUCCAUUUCUCUGGUAGUACUUAUCAUUGUGACGGUCAUAGUGCUGGUAUUUUUGAAAAGAAGGGGACUUCUAACAAAGUGCUACAAACAAAAUGAUGAAAACAGCAACCAUACCAAAGACACAGCCACCGAAAUAGCAUGCAUAUCAACACCGAUAUUUGAAUCUACUACAAACACAAUGGAUGACUUAACAGCCACAAAUCAUUCUUAUUUUGUGCUUGAAAAAACGUUUGAUGAAGAAACCAAUGAGGAUACCGAACACUAUGCAGAGCCAGAUACGACCGAUGUUGACCAUUAUGAUUUGACCGAAAUGUCGCAGAAUGAUACUAAUGAUGAUAACGAAACAGCCCAUGACAAAAACAGCUCAGCCAGGUCUGAAUUGUCCAAGCCAAAUAACACUUAUAACAAAGUCACAUUACAUCGAACUAAUGAGUAUGAUCAUAUUCAUCAAGAUGGAAUGCCGCCAAAGUCGGACAGACAAACUGAAAAUGAAUACGAUAUAUCGAAUAACCUGAUCGACGGCAAAGGCCAUAAUAAUAUCGGAGAUGACAGUGAUACAUAUAACCAUUUGAACAAACAUGAAUUGAAAAGCUCUGACACAGAUAACGUUUAUGGAAAGUCUGAAACAGAUGGCGAUAGUGGAUAUGAUACUUCCAGUGCUCUAACCCUUCGCAGGAACAUGGAUGCUGAUUAUGAUGUGAUCAAAAAGAAAUGGUAGACUUAUGUGUCAAUAUAACAUUUAGGUACAUAAUUUGAUUUUUUUUAAAGUGAUCAAAUUCCAUGAAAUUUGAAAGAUGCAUAGAGAGUUUGUCAACUAAACCGUGACACAUGUUCCCGAUUAAUCCUAUUCUUGUAAAUUUGCCCUAUCUGUCAGUUUUGUUUACAAAAACACUCAACAAAACAAGCUCAUCCAUCAGUUAAGAAACAUGAUCGUUAUGCAUAUUAAAUAUCAAGGAGAAAGUAUUUUUUUCACCUCAAUGGCAGCUUCGGGCUGUAAGUUUCUUCAAUGAGUUUUGUUUAUUUUUGCGCACAGCGUUAUGAAAAUCUACGAUAUUACUGUUCGCCUGAAGAGAAACAUGUUCUAAAAGAGAUCGUAUGGAAACACAUUAAUUCACUACGGAAAUUUAAGCAACUCAAAUCUAGACGUAAAACAUACAUAUUGUGUCUCUUGUACAAAAUGCAUUAUUGUAUGACUACAUCCCAUCUUUCUUGUUAAAUGCCUUCAUCAGUUUCAGUAUAUUUGUCCAAUAGUCUCAGAAAAACAUCUUACGGUUACGGAACUUGAAUUGCAAAUCGCAACACGUCUCUCAAUCGUUCUACCAUCAACAAUAUCUUUGUGAAAUGCGCUUCCGUCAUCCAUGAGAAAAAAACUACAUCACUGCAAUUAUAACUCUUGUUGUUUAAUAACAAUGCUUAGUAUCACCAAGGGUCUGGCGUCAACCACUUUCACCAUGCUUACCUUUGAAUGCAGCAAUGUUAAUGAACAUCUCCUCCUUAGAAUAUCGUAGAAAGUCCCCUGUGUACAUUUGGAGCAAUAGAAGACACUUAACACUUUUUUACAUGUCCAUUAUAUACUAACCACAGAAAGGUCUUGUUUGAAAAUAUCAGUCCCCUUAACCCUAUACAACUAUACAACUUAUAUUGUUUGAAGACACAUCUUACACCUCAAUUAUCAAUUAUCAUAUCUUCUACCAAGUAUGAACAUUUAUUCCUAACACCAAACGUUAUACAAACUAAUUUAAACAUCGAACAUACUCAUCGUCUGUGUCUUGCCUAAGCUACUUCUCUUUCCCUUCCAUCUCUCUUUCCGUACGUCAAUUUUUUGUUUAUUUUUAUGCAUUUAGAAAUAGAUGUAAUUUAAACCAUUGUUUUUGCAUUUUGAUUACGUCAUCUUCUGUAACAAUUGUCAAUGCCUGUUUAUUCUUAUUAAGUGUGAAUUAUGAAUCAAAUAUGACAACAUGUUAACACCACAUGUCAUUUGUUCUAAUGUUAUACAGAAGACAGACUUAUAAUAAGCAUUUAUGCUUACUUCUCAAUUCUGUAAAUGUAUAGUUUAAUUGCUAGUAGAACUAAUUCUUGAUAUUUAAACUUACAAAUAUUGACUACCAUAAUGACUUACAAAUAUUGACUAAAAAUGACUUACAAAUAUUGACUACCAUAAUUACUUUCAAAUAUUGACUACCAUAAUUACUUACAAACAUUGACUACCAUUAUUACUUUGUGAUUAUUUGUCUACUUGUUAUUAUCUGUGUUUUUGAACUUGCAUUAUCAA